AUGUUCAGAAUGGACACAACGUCUAGGGGGGACGGAGGGAGCGACUCGGAAAACGCAGACAGUAAUAGCCCGCCGGGGGACUCAAGGGACGACCCAAUUUCGGGGGAUGGAAACAACAGCAGUGAUGGUGGCAGCCAAGUCGCUGCGGAAGAUCCAUCGCAUAACAGCAGUGACAGUCAGAAGGAGAAGGACAGCUCGGACGGCGUUUCGCGCAAAAGCGAAAAGAGAGACCCAGAUAAGGAAGAACUCAAAAUGUUGAGCGAAACGGAGGAAGAAAGUCGGAGGAGAAAAUCCUCCAGAACUGAAAGAAAAAAAAAGGCAUACAAAAAAAGUGAACACUAUAAGAAGUAUUUCACCAAGAAGGGGCACCAGGGAGAUUCCUCUAGCAGGAGGAAGGACACCGGAGAUGAUUCCGAUGAAAACUUCUUUUCUGCAAAAAAAAAAAUCGCGAAAAAAAAUGACGACCAUUGUGGAAGGAGAGGGGACCAAGUGGACGAAGAGAAUGUCGACAUGUCCAUUUUUAACGAUGAGAAUGGGGCAUGCUCCAUUUUUUCGAGGUCUCAGGAUGGACGAGGUGAAGGCAGGGGACGCAAUCGAAGGAGCGGCACAUCGUCUUCGCGCCGGUCCCCAUCUAGGUCUUCUUCACCGCAGUCAUCCUCCAAGUCGUCAUCGCGGAGGUCUUCCUCCCGGCCCGCUUCUCCCUCUUCUGCCUCGCGCUCGAGGGGGCGCCGGGAAGGCUCAAGUGGGAUCGGGCCGUCCGACCCGGAGAGCGCAGGGCGCUAUCGCGACGAGGGAAGCGAAAGCGGGGGAAGCAGCAGAAGCGGAAGAAACAGUAGACGCGGGAGACGUGGGAGAAGCCGCCCCCCCGAAGAAGCCCCCCGCCUAAUCAACAACAUCAAACGGUUCUGUAGCAGCAUCAUCACGAAGAGAAGAAACGAACCCGAGGGAAUCUCGCCGUCCAGUGCUCUCAACAAGAGGAAGGAGUUCCUACUAAACAUCCUCUCAAAUUCGAACGAAAUUAACUUAAAGAUAGGUGAGAGCCAAGAGAAGGUACGAGAUGUGAAGAAAGACAAGGAAGACUUGAUGAAAAGUGAAAAAAUAAUGAAGAACAUUUUGAAUCUAGGAGAAACACCCCACGCGGAUGAUUCAUAUUAUAGUAGAGCCAACUUUGUCAGCUCGAUGAUCCCACAGGGGGAUAAUCAGACGAUGAGGACAUCCGGGGUGAUGAACUACAUGGGAGGGUUGCAACCCACAGGAGAGGACGACACCAUUGGAACGGGGACGACGACAACCACCACGUAUAUACAGUCAGCGAAAGAGGAAGAGCUGAGCGGAAGGAUGAUGAGGAGGAGUAGGGACAAAGGGGAACCACUCCACCAGAAGGACAAGUGGGAAAGCAACAAAAUGAGAAACAUAAGUUCAGUUUACGACAAAUACAAAAUAUUGAUAACGGAUAUCAAGUCAGGAGAGUAUCUAAAUUCGAUAGAAUCUAAGUUAAAUGUUAUCGAGAAUUCUCUCCUGUGCAUGUCCGAUUUACAAGGUGGCACCGAUGAUAGGGUGGACGUGAAGAAGAAGCUCACUGAUCUUUUUGACACAGCGGUUGAUCGGCUGAUGGAGAGUUACGAAGACGUGAAGAAGAAAAACGACGCGCAGAAGCUACACAAGGAGCAACUCAAUCUGACGUGCGAUUUUAAUCUUUUCCUUCGUCUCUGCAAAACGAUGCUCACCGAUCAGCAGAUGGUCUAUAAUAAUAGCAAGAAGAAUAUCAUUUUUUAUAAUAACAUUUGUAAGGUGAAUUAUGUCUUGGGGAUGAAUAGGAACAGGGACAUUCUCUUCAAUUUGCACUGCAGGAGGGGGUACUUGGUCCUUUCGGAGCGUGCCGCCCAAGGGGAUCGAAGCGAGUGUGAUGGAUCCCGUGAAGGACUUCAUUCCGUGGGACUUCCUUCCGGAGGAAGUGCUUCCCCCCGACGAGUGCCCCAUAUGCGUUACGACAAAAAGGGGGUCAUCGAAAAGCUGAACCUCCUCUGGUUUUAUGAGCAGAAAGAAGAGGCGCACUAUUUGCACCUCUACAAUCUGAACAAUCUAAAUAGCAAAGUGAUGUCUGUCCUUAUCGAUUCCGCACUGGACUGUAUCGACGUGGUCUUCCUAAACACCUUUAUCCCGUUGGACUCCUUCUACAAUUCAAUGAAGAAUUACUACCUAAUGGUAGUAACGGAGUUAUCCUUCUACAUUUUCAACGUCCAUUUGUAUUUUAACUGUGAGGAGGACUAUAAUGUAUCGAUUAGUGAGCAGCUGAUAUAUCAGAACAUAUACCCCUUUUACUUCAAUAUAUACCUUUUUUUGUUGUUCAAGCUGAGGAAGGAAGACAAGAAAAGGAGGUUUCACUUCGUCAAAUCGUUUGAGAAGAAUGAGAGGAUCUUCCUCGGUGCCGAUGACGGCAAUGUGUAUGAAUUCAUUUAUGAGAGGGAAGAGCUAUUCAAGCCCCUCAGCAUUUUUAAAAGGAUUAUCUUCACCACGCUGAGUGCGGUAGUCAGUGGAGUGAAUGAGGCGCUGUUUUCUCGCAAUCGCUUGGAUGACCACGGGAUGUCUGGCAAUGACUCCUAUUCGGAUGAGCAGAAUGGAAGCUUCCGCGGCAGCUACACCCGGAGCUACAGCGGCAGCGCGUCCGCGACGAGCAGCGCCAGAAGCGACAGCCCUCCAAGUGGGACCCCUCCAAGUAGAAGCCAGCGAAGUAGGAGCGAGCGAACACGCAGGAGCACCUCGCAUAGCGGCACCUCUCGAAGCCGCACCUCACGCAGUCGCAGCAGGACCCAAAGGACGCUCGGAAGUAGUCCUCACCGGAGCAGCCCCAACAGAAGUAAUCCGCAACGGAGCCGAAGCCCCUAUGUGGCAGGCCCAUCCCCCCCAACGCAGCACCCAGACGAUGAAGAAGACACACUAAACGGAUACAAUAAGAACAUUUACUGCGACGACAUUGAGCAAGUACCAGUGAAGUACCAUCUCAAGAAAAUAAUCAGCACGUAUUUCAUAAAAUAUUUCUCCUUCUUUAAAAAUAAAGUGAGGAAGAUGUUGGUGGAUAAUGAGAGAUCCAUUCUGUACGUCCUUUAUGAGAAUAGCGAUCUGUAUGUUAAGAUGCUGACUAAUGUCCAUGGGGGGGGGAGUUCCCGGAAUUACUUAUCCGAGACGAUUAUCUUCAGCAAGAGCGAUCUGGUCUCCGAGAUGGGGAACAUUUACUUCGUGGACGACAACACUUCUGGGUAUCCGGACGGAUUCGUCGGGGUCCCACCCGGCGAGGCGUUUUACGGGGGCAUGGCGGGGCGAAACGUUGGAGGGAACCACGUAGGACGAGGGGCCACCCUGGGAGGGGGUCACUUCGGAGGGGGUAACCUUGCAGGGGGGAACUUCGGAGGGGGCAAUUUCGGAAGUCCCCAUUUUGGAAGUUCCCAUUUUGGAAGUUCCCAUUUUGGAAGCUCCCACUUUGGAGGUGCCAACUUGGGAAAUCCCCCCUUCGGAAGCGGCCCCCCGCAAGGGCAGCCAUCCGAAGCGAAUCGCUUCUUCUACCCAACCAACCUAGAGCACAGCGUGCUGAACAAACUGAGCAUCAUCGACAUGCACAUAAAUCACCUGCACGAGAGGAGCAACGUAUGUCUCAAAUUGGUCGACAAUAACUGCAACAUUUAUUAUCUCUCCCUCGUGAGGUCUCCCGAAACGAACUCAUACAAAAUGGUGCUGAAGGAUUUUCAGAAUUUUCCCCACAAAAAGGGAUUACAGAUUAACGACAAGGACCACCGCAUUUUGUUUACUCAUCAUUUGAAGAAUCUAUUUAUCGUUCUUAAGAGGAGGAAGGAUAAAGUCAGGGAUGCAGGCGGGGGAGGAGGAGCCCCUGACAUUCCCACCCCUAACGAAAGGAACAACAGGAAGGACUCAACAACCGAUCGGCAGGAGGUAGAAGGGGUUAGAGGUGCAGAUCCCUUUGCGCAGGGCCGUCACAUGGGGAGGUUUCCCCUGAAGAGCGAUGGUGGCUCCAUCAACGGGGUUAGCGGCUCUCCUAAUUUACGCGAAUUUCCCGAGGGGGAUAGGCGAAGGAAAGAGGGCCAUUGGGGGAGGAUGAUCCACGGAGGAGAAGCGGGCCAAGACCACUACAGCGAUGUGGGAAGCAGGAGCAGCACUGAAGACGAUCACUACGACCACCACUACGACAGUGAUGGGAAGGGUGUGCGCCACGCUGAAAGAGGGGAAACCGGACAGAAGAAGCGGGAUCGAACUUCUUCUUCUUCUCCUCCUCCUUCUUCACCCCCACAGCCCUGUUACAAACUGAAGUUACUAACCACCUGCGACGAAGGGAGCGACCCAAGUGUAGGAAGCAACCCAAUCCAAUCGUCCACUUCGAAGAAAAAUAAGUUCCUCUUUAGGCAGUCCAAUGAGUACUACAUAAACGAAGAAAUUAUCGCCAUUUUGUAUAAAAAACGGAAUUCGAAUUUUCACGGAUUCUUUGAGCAAUCGCAGAAGAGCAACAUUAUAAAGGAUUUCUACCUUGACAGACUUAGGCAUGACAGCAUCAACCGCCCGGGCUCGAAGAAUGAGCAGAACGCGAUGAGGAUCGGUUAUGGUGGCAACUACGGCGGCAAUUAUAGCGGAAAUUACGGCGGCAAUUAUAGCGGAAAUUACGGCGACAAUUAUAGCGGCAACCAUGGCGGCAAUUAUUGCGGAAACUUGGACCCCGUGAACGGACCCUUGAGGGGAGAAGAUGGCGGCCAGGCCAUGUACUACGGGGGAGGUCCCUCUGCGAUUGGCGGGGUUAGCGGCGUUGGCACUCCUGGAGGUGUUUCCGGUGGCGCGCCCAACUACUACGACAGCAACUUCCUCGUUAACAAUAACAAUUUCUUCUUUAAGGACGACGGAGGAGAGCUCCCCCGAAGAAGGUCCAUCAUCCCCGAACAGGCAUCCGGACGCCUGGAAAGCAUACCCCCCUUCUUCCUAAAUGAACACACCGUCAGUGAAUACCAUGACUACUACGAUCUUAUCAUCAUCACGAAGAAGCGAAUAUACUACAUCAGCCAAAAUAGCCGCACGAAAAUAAUAGAGAAAAUGUUGAACCAUUUUAUAACCCAUAAAAUGACCUCUGAAAAUAGGAACAUCCGAUGUGUGCUUCUAAAUGAGAUGCGACUCAGGGGUGCGUGCAAUGGGGAUGUCCCCGAUGGAGCCAAGUUGGAUGAUGACCCCUUUGCAGGGAGGUCUCCCCGGUCGAUCGGCGUAACCGUUCAGCCAAUUGCUGUAACAACCGCUGGCGCAACCGCUACGACGGUUGCCACCCCUGGAGGCAUUCCCCCCGCUGUGUCGAAUGACUCGAGUCAUCACGAAAUGGCCUACCACUACUACGUCAAUCAGAUCAUAAAAAUGGUCUCGAGGGAUGAGUUUCUAUAUGUAAUCUGGUCCCUGCUGCUCAAUCACGUGUACAGAUACGAAAUAAUGUGCUUUAACAAUGUGAAUAGCAGUGGGGGUAGGAAAAUGCUUCGAGGGAGUGACAAACCUGAGGACGGAUGGUACUACCGCCAUGGGGACACUUCAAUGGGGGGGGUCAACAUGAGAGAUUACGAACCGAUGACCAGACGAGGGGAUUACUACGGGCAACACCCCCCUUACCAAAAUCAGAAGGGGAAGAGAAAGGGACAAAGAGUUGUUCACUUCGAAGGGGGGGUGAACGAAAACAUACGAGCGGCGUCUCCCUCUGCAGGAACUGCAAGAAGACGAAGAAGGAGACAUAAUCGUCGCAGCAGAAGCAACAGUAGCACGAGCAGCAUCAUGGGGGGGGGAAGUGAAUACGGAAGGAUGAAACAUACGGGACAUAGAAAAAUAGGAACGAAUCAAAUAGACUACGAUAUUCUUAACAAAAUUUAUCGGCCCACCCCCUUCAAGUUUGGCUUCUUGGACAAAGACGCGGACUACAUCAUUAAGCAAGGCAAGCUUCAGAGAGCCAUGGAGCUCGAAAUUAAGACGAGAAAGAUUAAGGGAAUAAAUCACCUGUUUGACGACACGAUGGAGGAUUUAGAAGCGGAAGAAGAGGGAGAAGCGUCAGAAGGAGCAGGAGCAGCGGCAGACCAAGACCAACAGGGUGAUGGCCGGAUGGGUGGACGGUCGCUUCGCAUGUUAAAGGGUGACCCUGUCGCCGACCCCUCCAAUGAGAAAGUGCUCCAAAACAAUUCUGGCUACUACAACUUCUUCAAUGUGUGCCAGAAGAGAGCCACGAAGGAAAAACUGCUCGAAGCGGAGAGGAACCGAAGUGGAAAUUUUGCCUUUGAAUAUCUAACGAACAAAAAUUUCGAUAUUUUUUUUUUGAAAAAUGUCAACAUGUAUCAUAACUCGAUGCAUGUUCUGUCGAGAGGGCUGCUGCUACUGCUCAGUCGUCUUCUCAAACCGGUGAUGUUUAUUCAUCUGUUUUCCUACGAGAGGUACCGCGACACGCACGUUUUUAAGUGCGCGGGGCGAAGUGUUGUCGGUGGAAAUGUUGGCCGACGAAGUGCUGACGGGCGAAGUGCUGACGGGCAAACUUCUGACAGGCGACGUGCUGAUGGCCCCCGGAAGGCCAGGAAAGUGAUGCGGACGGCGGAGGGUGGCAGGGAAGACACACACGUAGGCAUCUCAGUUAUUUCAAAUCAGAGGAACGAUGAAGACGAGGAGUCCUUUUAUAACAUGCGAGACUUCUGCAUCAUCCGAAUGAAUGACGAAGAAAUGUACGCGAAGAAGAAGCGAAAGAGAAGUUGGUACGAAGCCAACGACGACGUGUACAUACUGACGGGUAAUGUCCCCCUAGACUGUUGCCUCAAUUUGAUAGAGAAGCUCAAGUGCCUGAACCUCUGCGUCAGCAUCAUCCUUACGACUUUGUUGAAAAAAAAAAAAGACUUCUCAGAAAAAAUGAAAGGACUGACUGACCCAUCCAUUGCAAACGUUUACUCCGACUACACGAUCCUAAUGACGAACGAAGUAAAUGAGUUCUAUGCCAUCUUAAAUUUUAUCAAUUUCAGCAUUGAGUACCUGCUGAUUUAUUCUAUCCUCAUUUGUGAUUAUUACAAGAAUAAGACAAUAAUGAGGAGAAAGAACAUUGGGACGAAUCAGAAUUUUCUCUACCUUCCAAGUACCCUCUUUGAUCUCCUUAUUAAGUGCAAUUUUAUGAAAACGUAUUUAAGCAGAACGUACAGGGAUAUUCUGAAGCAGUGUCUUUUUAACAUCAUUAAAUCGGGGAAAUAUAUCCCUGUGGACUUUUUCCAAGGGUAUAUAAUUCACAAGAAUGAAUUUCUGGCUCUUUUUCUUAUUAAGAAGAUUGAGGAGGAGGUUUACAUGAAGAAGAAAAUGAAGAUAAAAAACGACUACGGGAUGUUUCGUAGUUCUGGAGAACCGGGUACGCGAGGCCUUGGGGUGGGGAUCCCCAAUGGAGACGGCCACGCCGGGGGGGGAAGCUUCUUUCGCGGUGGAACUGCUCUUGGGAGAGAGCCCUCCGCGCUGGACAAAUUCGACGACCUGCUCGCGUCGGAGAAACGGGCGGAACAUUUCAUACACGAGAAUUUGAAAGACGCCCUCAUCAGCAUCGACAUCUUUAAGCUGAUUAUCCUUCUCUACAAAGCGGACUACUACCGCUGCGCCAGCACACUGAUCACUCUAUACAUCGAUGCGUAUAAUAAGAAGCUGCUCAUGGAGGGAGGGAAAAAAGGGAAGAGGGAGAAAUUCAUUGAAAAGAAGAGCACCCCCUGGUUAACGCAGGACAUUCUGUUUUGCCACCCCACUGGGGAGAGUUCCCCCUACAGCUACGGUAGCAGCAACUACAGCAACAUCAGAAGAAGAGUGUCCUCCCUGAUCCGCAACAUGGACGUGGAAUACACAUAUGACUACUUCGUCCUUUUCGAAAACUGCUUCCUCCCCAUCGAGAAAAUCAUACACGUGAAUUACACAAAAUAUUUACUCAAAAAUAAUGAAAAAAAAAAAAAAAAAAUUAAAACAUUUCUGACAACACUUCUAGAAUAUUCCAGCGACAUUAACUUGCACUUCUUUCUCUUUAACCUCAUUUUGUACAAAUGCGGUAAUCAGUUUCCUUGUCCCAUUUCGGAGCUCAGAAUAUCUCCGCACCUUUACUACUUUAUCAAGCUAAACGACAUGAACAUCCCGGAUGCUUAUGUGUAUUACUUCUCCGAAAGGAAAUAUCAGGACAUGGUAAUUUUUUAUGCCAGGCAGGGCUUCUGUUCCUGGGGAGAGCCUCACCCGGGCAAGCCCACCCUCCGGACUCUCUAUCAGAGCGAGGUGCAGGGCAGGCCCAAUCCGGGGGGGCAACCAGGGGAGCAACAGAAGAAGCAAUCGGAGGAGCAACAGAAGAAGCAAUCGGAGGAGCAACAGAAGAAGCAAUUGGAGGAGCAACAGAAGAAGCAAUUGGAGGAGCAACAGAAGAAGCAAACAGAGGAGCAAACAAAGAAGCAGACGGAUAACAAAACAGGGAACCACGCGGAGGAGAGGACCCCCCGCGAGGGGAGCCACCCGUUGGGUAAGAAAGGCACCAUUCUGGGUGGCAAACACAAGCGCGCGACCGUCAAGGGGGACUCGGGCGCGGCGGCACCCACCCCGUUGGGGAAUAGCCUCCCCAGGGGGGCCCUCCACCGUGGAGAAGCCAACGGGGUGAAUCAAGGCAGCGAUGGACAUGGCAUCCAUCCACAUGACGGAAGAGAACUCCAUACUGACCCUGUUGGGAUGGAACCCACAGUGGAGUACGACCCCCACAGCAGCGAACUGCUGGCCGAAUUGGCUCACAACAACUAUGUAUAUGAAAACAACUUCAUCGGAAAUAGCUACCUGAUGUCGAACCCUAUGUACACGCAUGAGACGAAGGAAAUCUUUCGUAGCAUUUAUAAGUACCUUUACUCCAUUUUGUCCUACCCGAGCUUAAAGAGGCGGAUCGAAUUUGUCGAAUGUUGUAUGAGAGCGAAGAUAUUUAUCAUUCAGUACAGCGCGAGGAGUCUGAAGGGGACGGGUUUGCACAAAAACACCUUCCUGAGUGAAUACAUGGAUGUGUAUGCGCCUGGUGGUGGCUUAUCCCAUGGAGGAAAGAGCCAAGGGAGCGGGGUCGACGAUCGAGGGAGUGAACGAGCAAAGAAGAAGAAGAAGGCGUUACAUGAGCUACUAAACACGAGCGUUACGUUCAAGAAAGAGGUCAUAAAAAAUUACUACGCGAUUGAUAAGGGAAUCACGUACGAUCCGACGUUUGCCAACACCCUGAAGGAGCUGAUCAGAAAAAACACUUGCUUCUUCAAGCCGAAAGAGGACUAUCUGCAGAAACAGAGUACGUAUUUUCUACACCUGAAGGAGAUAAAGAAAUGCAGAACGGCCCUCAACUACCAGAAGUUGCUCUUUCACGAAAUUGUCAAUCUGUUUGUUUUCUAUGUGUAUAAAUUCUGCAGUUGGGAUGUCGUGAAAAAUUAUUUUCCCGUCUUGAUGAUCGGCACGAAAGAGGAUCUACUCCAUGUCCUAAUCCAUUUGGAAAAUAUAAACAAGGAAGAAAUCGAUAUUGUGAAAAAGUCCUUCUCCAAUAUGUAUGAAUAUUUAUCCAAAAGCAAAUUUGAGUAUAGAGAUGACGUGAUUACGGAUUACAAUUAUAAGAUUCAAAAUCACCUGAACGGCAAGGUAAAUUUGAUUCGAAUUGUGGACAUCAUUGACACAUUUAAGGAGUACUUAUUUACAAUACAAAAAUGUAUUCAUACGAAAGAGGAACUAAAGGAUAAGAUUUUCUUCAACAGUAAGUUUCUUUUUCAGAAUUUUUUGCCAUCAUUCAAUCUGCUCAAGUUAAUAAUUUUAUGCGAUAAGAAGAAGGAAAAAAUAAAGAAUAUGAAUACGAACUGUUUUUCAACAGUGAAUCACAUGAUCAGGAAUGACACAUCUAAAUGUAGUUCGCGUACCUUUUCUAAGUAUUCUUUUUACUUCGAGAGGUUACUUGACUUUGCCUUUUCUCUCUCCAUCACGUUCGAAAAUAUUAAUUUCGUCAUAAAUUACAUUGGGGAUGUGAUUAAGCUGAAUGACGUGAAAUUUAAGAAUUGCCUCUAUCUGCUCGUCACGGUAAAGCUGCACAAGUUUAUGAAUAAUCUGUUCGAAAUGGAGAAGGUUAGGAGUCUCAUGAAGAACAAGGUGGACCUGCUACGUAAGAGGCAGCAUAGUUCGGUGGGACCUCUCCACCUCAUUUAUUUCCUCAACUGCGUCCCCUUGAUUUAUUUGGACCCCCAGAUGAACGUCAUUUUGAUUAAUGAGUCGUAUGAGUAUACUAUGAACCAGGACCGAAUUAUUUUCUCCAAACUGUCUCCCUUUUCGCUCGUCUCCAAGGCGGUUAACCACAAGCUGAGGAGCGUCUACUCGUACCACGACUACACGGAGAACUACACGGGGGGGGCGGAACCCGGCGAGGGGCAUGCCAACGAAGGGCCAACCGACGAGGACGACGGGACAGACCGCACUAGCGAAGCCAACCGCCCCGACCGAGCCAACCGCCGAACCCCCGCGGAGGAUUUCCUCGCCAAGCAGAUCCAGCGGAACAGCACAGCCAUCGACCGCAACGACCGGAAGGCCCUCUACCACCUCUACAACGUGAACUACUGCUUUAACGAAAAUGACUACGGCCACGCCGCGCGGGGAGGCUCCAACGCUGGGAAAGGUGCCCCGAAUUCUGCUCCCCCGGCCCCGGACCUUAUCGUCUUGACGUACAGAAAUUAUUGCUCCUACAUUGUCUGGAUUGCUAACCUGCUCCUUAACCACAAAAUUGAAUACAAGGCCUUAAUCAAUGUGUACGUAAAUAUCCAAAGCAACAUUAAACACCAGAGAGCGUCUCAGAUGGAAGAACACGAAAUUGCCGUCAUACUCUACUACCUCUUUACCAUGUGGAUUAAUGGAGACAAGAAUAACUGCUCUUUUUUCUUCUACAAUGAGGAAAAGUGUUUUAACGAGCAGAACAGCAUUGGCUGUUUUUUCAAGGACAAAAAUGGGCAGGUCGAAUAUAUAAACAACUGCUCGCUUAUCACUUUGCUGAAGGAGCUACUCUCCAGGGCGGAGUUUUACUUCGAGUACACAUCCGAUGCGGCUUCUCGCAACUAUGACAUCAGCUGUGUCAUUUUGGACCCCUCCAUAUAUGACAAUGAGAAGGUGAGCAAGUCGUCCGUUGAUAUUUUGAAGAAAUUUUUCGACAGCAUUUAUGUCACCUUUAACGAGGUGAUGGCGAAGAUGCCCGUACUCAACCACAUCGUCGAGUUCCAGGCCAUCCAGGCCUUCCUCAAGCGCUUCAAACUGUACUUGGAGGAGAUCGCCUGCCGGAUCACGCUCAGCGAGGGGCCCUUCGUUUGA